ACCCGUACCCAGUGUGACUAGUUGUGUGUGUAUGCAGUGUUGCACGGAACAGAGAGCUAGUUAGUUAAAAGUGCGUUUCUGUGCAUACUGCUUACUAUCUUUCCGCCCUGAGUAUGCUACCUGCAGCUAGAUUAUUGGAUUUUAUAAGGAGGUGCAGCGGAGUGAGGGGGCAGUAUGGAGCCUCCCCACGUACCUCCUCUCUGAUUGGCCAGCAGCCUGCAUGUGCCCUGCUGCGGGAGUAUUGCCAGAAAGUUGCAGAUGCUGUCAAUAUGAGGCCAUUGGAAGGUGUGAAAAUCUUGGAUUUAACAAGGGUACUUGCUGGACCAUUUGCAACAAUGAUUCUUGGAGACCUUGGAGCUGAAGUUAUCAAAGUAGAAAGGCCUGGUUCUGGUGAUGAUACAAGAUCCUGGGGACCUCCGUUUAUAGGAACAGAAAGUGCUUAUUUUCUCAGUGUCAACAGAAAUAAGAAGAGUAUAGCUGUCAAUAUGAAAGAUCCAAAUGGGACCAAAAUUAUUCAAGAGCUUGCAAAAUCAUGUGACGUUUUCAUCGAAAAUUACAUUCCUGGCAAACUUGCUGAAAUGAACUUGGGUUAUGAAGACAUCAAUAAAAUAGCACCUCAUAUUAUUUACUGCUCCAUAACAGGUUACGGUCAAACAGGUCCCUUAUAUCAGAGAGCUGGGUAUGAUGCCAUUGCUUGUGCUAUGUCUGGACUUAUGUAUAUCACAGGAUCAGAGGAUGGAGAACCUGUGCGCCCGGGUGUGGCAAUGACUGAUCUUGCUACUGGAUUGUAUGCUCACGGUGCCAUCAUGGCUGGCUUACUUCAGAGACAUAAAACAGGGAGGGGCAUGCAUAUUGACUGCAAUCUACUCUCCUCUCAGGUAGCUUGUCUUAGUCAUGUAGCAGCAAAUUUCCUGAAUGGAGGAAUUGAAGCAAAGCGUUGGGGAACUGCCCAUGGAAGCAUCGUUCCUUAUCAGUCAUUUAAAUCGAAGGAUGGUUACCUUGUAAUUGGGGCAGGCAAUGACCAACAGUUUUCCACUGUUUGCAAGAUCCUGAGUUUGCUUGAGCUGACUAAUGAAUCCAAGUUUAAGACUAACAAACUGAGAGUACAGCACAGAAAAGAACUAAUUAGGAUUUUAGCUGCAAGGUUCUCAGAAAAAACAACCACUGAAUGGCUGCAACUCUUUGAAGGCAGUGGUGUGCCAUAUGGUCCAAUCAACAGUAUAAAAGAAGUAUUUUCUGAACCUCAGGUCAGGCUUUGA